AACACGUCAGACACGAGCCACGGCAGGGAGGGAUAUUCCGGAUCUGGCAGAUAUUUUACAGGCACAAGAACGCCGGUAAUUUCUCUCUCUCGGAGUCUCGGUGGAGUUUGGACCAGCAGACAAUAGCCGAGGUUUUCUAUUAUCAUACUUAAAUUUCUCAGUUCAGAACAGGCCUAAAUAUCGUGUUUUCUAACGAAUUUUAUUCUUGGUAUAUCUCUGCUUCACCAACAAGUGCUGUGUUGAAGGUUUCUUAGUUCCCCAUCCAUCUAUCUUGUUAGCAUUCUCUUGUUUAUUAUUUUGAAGACAAAAGCCAGGGAAUGUGGAAAGCCAGUGUUCGGAAACGUUUCUCUGAAGUCCACAAGGAUUUGGCCUUACUAGAGCUGCCUUUCCGCAUCCUUCAUAGUCAUCAUAUAGAUUGCAGUUUAUUUGCUCCCUGUGUCCAAAUGGACCUUGUGUUAAUGCACAGCCUGUGCAAAGACGGUUGAGCUGCUUUGCUGUUCAAUAAUCCUAAGCUGAAUGUUACAGAUAUUAUAUUAGUCGGAGGGGACUGCAGUAUUAUCUAAUAUUAGCAACUUUAGCAUUCAGAUGGAUAACAAAGUGAAUGUGUUGAUGAAAAGUUAUGAUUUAGGGAGAUUGCUAGGCCAAGGGACAUUUGCUAAGGUAUACUAUGCAAGAAGUCUCAAAACUGGGGAGAGCAUGGCCAUUAAAGUAAUAGACAAGGAAAAGGUUUUGAGAUUUGGGCUCAUGGAGCAGAUCAAGCGAGAAAUCUCUGUCAUGAGAUUGGUCAGACACCCUAAUAUUGUGCAACUUUUUGAAGUCAUGGCUACCAAAACCAAGAUCUAUUUUGUUAUGGAAUAUGCUAAAGGAGGUGAGCUCUUUAGUAAGGUGGCUAAAGGAAGGCUAAAGGAGGAUGUUGCUCGAAAAUAUUUUCAACAGCUGAUCAAUGCUGUUGAUUUCUGCCACAGCAGGGUUGUCUAUCACCGGGAUUUGAAGCCAGAAAACUUGCUUUUAGAUGAGAAUGAGAAUCUUAAGGUUUCUGAUUUUGGGUUAAGUGCCCUUGCUGAAUCAAAGCACCAAGAUGGGCUACUUCACACAACGUAUGGGACUCCUGCAUAUGUUGCUCCUGAGAUAGGCCAAGCGGAGUUUAAAUGCCCCAAUGGGUUUCCACCUGAAAGAGUCAGAAAUUCUUCAAAUAUAGAUGUACCUUCUGGUUCAUGUGAGAAUACUGCUAUGGCUGCUGAGGCAAAACAAGAGUUGGUGAAGAUUUCAAACUUAAAUGCAUUUGACUUAAUCUCCCUUUUUCCUGGUUUUGAUCUAUCUGGACUGUUUGAGGAACCAUGUCUGAAAAAAGUAGCAAGAUUCACAUCCUGGCAACCUGCCUCAGUCAUCAUCUCUAAACUGGAAGAAGUUGCUAAGCAUCUGAGACUAAAGGUGAGUAGAAGGGAUGGAGGGCUGUUGAAACUCGAAGGAAUGAAGGAAGGUAGAAAAGGAAUCUUGUCAAUUGAUGCUGAGAUAUUUGAACUCGCUCCUUCCUUUCAUUUGGUGGAGCUGAAGAAAUCUUGUGGAGAUACAUCGGAAUAUCAGAAGAUGUUGAAAGAGGGUAUACGACCUGGCCUCCAACCUAUUGUUGGGGCAUGGCAAACUAAUGAAAAACCAGAGCAGCCACUGUAGCAAUAACAACUGUGACAACAGCUGCUACUGCAGGAGCAGUUGUUACCUUGACUGUCAAAACAUUUCAAAAUUUUCACGUCUGUAAAUUUCUAUAAUCUGCCUUUCUUCUUGACGGCUGUAUCAUGUCCCUCCCUCUAAAUAAUCUGACCUUAACUUGGCAUAUGUGCUCGUUGGCUUCCUUUUCUUCCGUUUUCUUUCCCUUUCUUGCACAGUUGU